CAUGGGAGAGCGAUUGCUCUUUCCCCUCUGUCGGUGAGAUGGAGGCCAAGGGCAGUGCCGCGAGGCGUUCGGCUGCUGCACAAGGCAUUGAGCAGCUCGUCCGGGACCUACAAGCACAGGCAUGGCACACACAAGGCACAGCGACAGGCAGCAGGAUCUGGCACAUUCAGUUUGUUUAUGACGCCUUUCUUCGCUGCUGCAGAUCUCAACGAGGCAGCAGACGGGCCCUCGACAGCUCGUAGAACAGGUACCCAGAGCAGCACUGACACCUGAGUGGCCUUCACCUGCCAUUCCCCUGUAGACCUCAUAGCCAUCGUCGCUUGUGCUUCACGAUGAGCUCUCUGCGGCCCUGACGGCAGCCAGGGGCCGCCUGGUGGGGGCCAUGGACAUCAUGCGCACAUCGCAACAGAGAGUAAGAGGCACACCAAAUAGAUGCUGACACACAGACGGCACCUCGUUCUAUCUGGUCAAGAGAGGCAACAAGCCAGCCAUCCGUCAACCACCGGUAGGCCACACUCACACCAGCAGACGAGCGCUCUGCCUGGAUCGAUCCACUGCUGCCGGUGUGUGUGUGUGUGUGUGUGUGUCAGCCUGAGCAUCUCAUGGCAGCCGAGGAGCUUCGCCACAUCUUCAGCUAUUCGCCGCCCUGGGAGCUCGGUCAGCAGCGCCUCAGCAAAGACAUCAUGGCCCACUCGCCGGCCCACUACACCCACCUCAGCAUCAACUGGGACGACCAGGCCACGCGGUCACUGUGGGAGAAGAUGCCGGAUAGUGCGGCUCGCCAGUGGGGCGAGAGGGCAGUGAACCUCAAGGAACUCCUGGUGCGCUUCCCGCGUGGCUUCUCCCGCUGGCGUCGGACGACUUGGAGAUAGCUGGUGGAAGGGCACUCACACGGCCGUGCGGCACUCGCGAAGAAGGAGCGGCAGCAGGCAAGAGCGACCACAGCGGUGAAGGAGGGCGACGCGGGGAGUGAAGGUCACGUCGACCACGGCACCCUGCAGUCCCUCACAUUCGAGGAGACUUAGAAGGCAACGACGGAAGAACUCCGUCAACUCUUUGCCAGCCAUUCGGUUCCAGCCUCCGCUCUCUCCCCUUCCCCCAUCGUCCUCCCUGCCAUCACGGAGGUCACAGGCCUCGACUGUGACCUGGCGCAACACAUCUCUGAUCGCGGUUGGAUCAUGCAGUCGCUGCAGCGGUUGCAGUUCAAGGAGUUCGUUCGCCCGGACGCGACCGCCCCCUUGUCAUUCCUCAAGACAGCCGCCUCUCUGAAGGAGCUGGCUUUGCGUGCAGGCCCCCGUGAGGUCGCCGGGGCGCUGUCGGGCGUGCCACGGCCAUGUGAUGGCCAGAGAGGGCGCUUGGCACAGCUACGGUCGGUUGGCACACUCGUGCUGAGAGGAGACGACGCAGCACAUAUCAAUCGACUGGCUGUAUGCAGAGAACCGCAUGGAGGCUUAGUGUUUGUCGAUUGGUUGGUCCUUUCGUCUCUCAGGACAUAUUGGUUGCUCACGGCUGUAAGUCACUCUCGGUGAUCAACGCCCACCUCCAAGGCCACACGGUCCUCUCGUCGCGCCUGUUCCCCCAACUCUCGGCCCUUGAGCGACUCCGCCGAUCAGCUGGCAGCACAGCCAACAUUCCCAUCAACAUUGCGGACGGUGGAUCCGGCCUUCACCUCCAGCUUCCGCUCGCCCUGCCUUUUUUCCCCUCCCCAUUCCUCACUGAAACCGUCAAGAAUUUCGCCAGUAGGGCCGCGAGCGUCCAAUGGGACAUCGACGCAGCCCAGCUGCCCGCUCUCGACACGCCCACCGAGGACGAGAAGGCCCUUGUCAGCAGCCUCACAUUCAGCAGGGCGCACGCCGUGUCAGUGCGGUGUACAGCGCUCCCUCCCAACACGCCCAGCCCCGACCCCGCCCUCCUCCGCCAUCUGUCGCCUGAUUCCUGCCCCCUCGCCCGUCAGCUGAGUGUUUUCGGCGGCAAGGGGUGUGUGGCUGCGGUCCACUUGGCCAAGGCAAUGCCGCAGAUGGACAUUUUGUGCGUGGAGGGAGUGUCGACGCCUGCUGAAGAGGAGAUGCUGAGGGGGCUGCUAAAAGCGACGGGCACCGAGAGGAGUUUGUCGCGAGUGGAGGUGGGUAUGGUUGGGCUGGGAGACGGCGGCCUGCAGUGGGGCGAGGAGAGGGAGAGGGACCUGCUGCCGAAGAUCAGUCAGCUGGAUGUGCGCGUUUUUGGUAAGGGAAACAGCUUCAGUACUGCGGGAUAGACAGACCACGAUAUGAAGCAGCUGUAUCCAGCGUGCUGGUUGUGUCGGGACUUACUUUUGCGCAGUGCCGAAUGCUGCUGCCGUGGAUCUCCCUGGCACAAUCGUCAGGAGUGUCGAGUCGCUGAUCAAGCUGCAGGGCCUCAGAUGUGUCACUUGGACACUGCGGGACGUCCCCAGUGCGCUAACGGACGGCUUAUGCGCAGCGUUGCUGCAGGAGGUCGCCAGCCGAUUGGCUGGCGGCGGCCUGUUGGGUGGUUUCCACAUCGACGCUGUGGCGGGACAUGGCCUAGUGACAGUGACGGCCGAGAAAACAGGUGGGCGAUCUGUGGGCGCUGCAGGGGUCACUGGAUGGAUGUGCUUCCCGUCCCUUUUAAUGAUUGCGUGCGGCCGGGUGCUUUAUACAGUGCUGAGACAGACAUUUUGAAGGACCCCUCUAGCUAUAUAUUUUGAGUUCCGUCUUCGGUCUCUCAAUUGACUGAAGUCGGUGAAAGGCGUUCGUGUGAAAGGUGUAUGGAUGUCAAUACUAAGGCACACAUCCGGACACACAUGCAUAGGACUGCAUGCAUGAGCCGUCCAUCUAUGCGGGUAUUUUAGUAUUUCGAGUUCGGUGGUCGGCCUUAACUUGCGUGCGUGCGGACAGGUGCGUGGAUGUCAAUUGACGGCCAUGUCAUUGGAUGACAUGCAAGCCAGGUCACAGUCAUGGAUUCAUGCGCACACGCGUCACACCGACACACACAUGCAGUCGUUUGCCCGCACUCGGGUCACUCAC